CUUUGAGAUACAGAGAAACUCAAAUAUAGAGAUAAUAUAUAGAGAGAGAGAGAGUGAGUUUUUUUUGUGAGAGAGAGAGAGAGAGAGUAGGGAUUUUUUUUUCUUUUUAGCUCUCUCUCAGUUUUUAGAAUCAUAAGGUCUCGAUUUAGUCAAGAUUUUAUGAGAUUCUGAGAUCUACGAAUUUUGAUUUGUUUUGCUAAGUUAUUUGUUUUUGUUUUGUUUUGGGUUACUAUUUUUAUUUUUUGUUUUUCAUUGCUGCAAUCAUCACUUACUUGAUUUCAAAGAUGAUCACUGAGGAGAAAACAUUUUCUUUUCAUUUCUCUCCCUCGUUUUUUCUCGAGAAACUUUGAUUUUUUUUUUUUUUUUUCCAUCACUCUGUCUCUCUGUCUCUCUUUCUUUGCAGAUCUAAGCUAUGUGAGAGAAUUUCCUAUUAAACCCACAUCAGAUCUACUCUAUCUCAUGUAGAUCUCAGCUCAUUUCCAACAAGAUCUCUCAAAAUCCUCCAUUUUUUUUUACUUUCCCUGAAAGUUAAUAUUAUUUUUUUCCGGGAAAAUUGUGGGUGUUGGAUUGGAUGUUAAACGAUGAUGAAUUAUUUUCCGGACGAGGUUUUAGAGCACGUGUUCGAUUUCGUAACAUCGCACAGAGACCGAAACGCAGUGUCUUUGGUGUGUAAAUUAUGGUACAGAGUAGAGAGAUAUAGCAGGCAGCGAGUGUUCAUAGGAAACUGCUAUGCAAUCAGUCCAGAGAGAUUGAUCGCCAGGUUUCCUGGGGUAAAAUCUCUGACUUUGAAAGGGAAGCCUCAUUUUGCGGACUUCAAUUUGGUUCCUCAAGAUUGGGGAGGCUAUGUGCAGCCAUGGAUCGAAGCUUUGGCUAGAAGUCGUAUUGGGUUGGAGGAGCUUAGGUUGAAGAGGAUGGUGGUUUCAGAUGAAAGCCUCGAUGUUCUUUCUCGUUCUUUUACAAAUUUCAAGUCUUUGGUGCUUGUUAGCUGUGAAGGGUUCACCACCGAUGGCCUUGCAGCUAUAGCUGCUAAUUGUAGGUUUCUUAGGGAGUUGGACCUGCAAGAAAAUGAAAUUGAGGAAAAGAAAAACCACUGGCUUGGCUGCUUCCCUGACAGUUGCACGUCACUAGUCUCCCUGAAUUUUGCAUGCUUAAAAGAAAUUAAUUUAGCAGCUCUUGAGAGACUUGUAGCAAGAAAUCCUAAUCUUAAGAGUUUGAAGUUGAACCGUGCAGUGCCUCUUGAGGCGCUUCAAAGGAUUUUGAUGCGAGCACCUCAACUAGUGGAUUUAGGAACAGGAUCUUUUGUCCUUGAUCGUGAUUCUGAUGAUUCUGAGACCUACAGAAAACUGAGGACAACCAUUCUGAAGUGUAGAUCAAUUAGGAAUUUGUCAGGGUUUUUAGAGGUUGCUCCUCACUGCCUGCCAGCCAUAUAUCCUAUUUGCGUGAACCUAACCUACUUGAACCUGAGCUAUGCUGCAGGGAUUCAUGGUUCUGAGCUAAUCAAGCUAAUUCGCCUCUGUGGGAAACUUCAGCGCUUAUGGAUUUUGGAUUGUAUCGGAGACAAGGGACUGGAAAUUGUAGCUUCAACUUGUAAAGACUUGCAGGAAUUGAGGGUUUUCCCAUCUGAUCCCUUUGGGGCUGGGCAUGAUGCUGUAACAGAAACUGGCCUGGUUGCUAUAUCCAGUGGUUGCCCAAAGCUUAAUUCAUUGCUGUACUUCUGUCAGCAAAUGACAAAUGCUGCUCUCAUAGCUGUAGCUAAGAACUGUCCAAAUUUUAUCCGCUUCAGGUUGUGCAUCCUUGACCCUACAAAACCUGACCCUGUAACCAUGCAGCCACUAGAUGAAGGUUUUGGAGCAAUUGUUCAGUCAAGCAAGCGUCUUCGGCGAUUGUCACUCUCUGGCCUUUUAACCGACCGGGUUUUCCUUUACAUUGGAAUGUAUGCAGAGCAGCUUGAAAUGCUUUCUAUUGCAUUUGCUGGCGAAAGUGACAAGGGAAUGCUGUAUGUGUUGAAUGGAUGCAAGAAGCUUCGCAAGCUUGAGAUCAGGGACAGCCCCUUCGGGGACAUGGCACUUCUAAGGGACGUGGGAAAGUAUGAGACAAUGCGAUCCCUUUGGAUGUCGUCCUGUGAUGUAACUCUUGGAGGCUGCAAGACACUUGCGAAGAAGAUGCCAAGGCUUAAUGUGGAGAUAAUAAAUGAAAAUGACCAGAUGGAAUUUGCCCCUGAGGACAGUCAAAAAGUAGAGAAGAUGUACCUGUAUCGAACACUGGUCGGGCCAAGGAAAGAUGCACCGGAAUUUGUGUGGACUUUGGUGUAGGUGCAUUGGGCUAUUUAUUUUCUUGUUAUCAUGUAGUUGUACUUUAUUUAGGCCAACUGAUUAAUGGAUUUUAGCUCGACGAUGAGUUAGUUGAGUUAGUGUUCUGUUAUUGUUUUAUUUACAAGAGAUUUCGCAUUUGUAAUUUUUGUUAUUAUAAAUAGAUUGUGUUAGAGAAAUUACUGCAAAA